CAGGAUUAUGGAGGCAGUGUGGUGGGAGAGGAGCCCUGGUGGCACAGUGGUUAAGAGCUUGGCUGCUAACCAAAAGAUCGGCAGUUCGAAUCCACCAGCCACUCCUUGGAAACCCUGUGGGUUUCCUGAUAGGGUCGCUAUUAGUUGGAAUCUACUCAACAGCAACAGUUUGGGUGGGAGGAGAAAAGGAGCCCUGGCGGUGCAGUGGUUAUGUGCGCAGCUGCUAAACAAAAGGUCAGCUGUUCAAGUCCACCAGUCACACCAGUUCUCUGUCCUUUGGGUUGCUAUGAGUUGGAACAGACUCAGCGGCAACGGGUUUGGUUUUUUUGGUAUGGGAGGAGAAAAGGAGACCUGGUGGCACAAUGGUUAAGCAUUGAGCAGCUAACCAAAAGGUCAGCAGUAUGAACCCACCAGCUCCUCUGUGGGAGAAAGAUGUGGCAAUCUGCUUCCAUAAAGAUUAUAGUUUUAAAGCCUGAGAAUGUGGCCCCUGGACACCCUCUUAGCUCAGUGAUGAAGUCACUCCUGAGGUUCACCCUUAAGCCAAAGAUUAGACAGGCCCAUAAAACAAAAUGAGACUAAAGGGGCACACCAGCCCAGGGGCAAGGACUAGAAGGCAGGAGGUAACAGAAAAGCUGGUAAUGGGGAACCCAAGGUCGAGAAGGGAGAGUGUUGACAUGUUGUGGUGUUGGUAACCAAUGUCACAAAACAACAGUGCGGGGAAAAAAAAAAGAUUAUAGCCUUGUCCUAUAGAGUUGCUAUGAGUUGGAAUCGACUCGACAGCAACAGGGUAUGGGAGGGGAAAGAUUAUGGCCAUUCCCAUACCAGACUUCCAUAGACUUCCUCUGGACAAGCUUCACAACAGUAGACUCCCCAGCUAAGAUUCUUUAGGAAGCAUGUGAUUCACUCAGAAUCAGAAACUGUCAAAGUUGGAAUGGACUUUAACCUCUCAGUUCAGGGUGCUCAUCUUCAGAUGAGAAAACUGGGUCCAGAGAUGUGAAGUGGUUUGCCUCACUCACACAGUGGAGAUAGUACUAGAGCCAGACAAGAACGCAGGUCCCUGCCUCCUUACCCAGAGCUUUAGCAUAGGAUUGACUUUGCACUAGGGAAAAGGAAUUGGUAUCAGCAACAAACUUGCUCAGCUCCUUUCUGCCAUUUUUGAUCAUUAGAACCUCCCUCCUCAUCCUAGGUGGUGGCCUCUUCACACAGAUAACUGGUGGGGUGCCUCUGGGGCUUUUGCUCCAGCCGGAUGUAAGAGGAAAGGGCAUGAACUUGAAAAUCAGACUGCAGACCUGGGUUCAAAUCCCAUCUCUUUUGUUUGCCUGUUGUGGGACCUUAGAUGUGUUUUUCUCUGAAUUUCAGUUUUCUCAUCUGCAGAGUGGGGAUAAUAAUAUCCACCUCAUAGAGCUGCUGUAAGGAUUAGAUGUGCCUCAGACUAUUAGUUGAAGGGUUGGUGGUUUGAACCGACCCAGAGGCACCCACCCUGGAAGACAGGCCUGGUGAUCUGUUUCUGAAAAGUCAGCCUUGAAAACCCUGCAAAGCAGUUCUUCUCUGUACACAUGGGGUCACCAUGAGUCAGAAUUGACUGGGAGUCAACUAACAAUUAACAACAACAGUACCUGGUACUAAGUACACAGCAAAUAUGGGUUCCUUUCUCUUCUGGCCCACAUGCAGGGAAGGAUUUGUCUCCAUUCUCCAUCCUGGGUGGUUAAUUAUCUGUCACUUUUCUCUGUCUCUCUUCCCCCCAAUCUUUAAGUUCAACUAAAAAGAUAACAGGAUGAAACACAUAGAGGGUGGUGGAUAGGGGCUAUGCUUCAGAAGUGACACCCAGCACCUGUUAAUAGGUUCCUCUUAUCUGUACACCCAGGCCGUCCUGAGGUAGGUCCUGGCUUGGCUGAGGUUUCUGAGCCUGCCCACCCUGCUCACACAGCUCUGCCCGCAGAGACAAGGGUGACUGGGGAGCUGCAGUGUUGUGCCCUUCGUGCUGUCCAGAGCUCCCUAGCUUUCCUUGGAGGCUGGAGACACACUUCUCUGUCUCCCUGGGUCUGUAGAGAGGCUGCUCUGCCUAGAGACGGGCUGGACAGGAUCGCUUCUAGCUGGGAGAGGGCAUAGAGGUUUGGGAGUCUUAUUUUUCUGAGCAGGAAGGACACGAGAGAACUGGGGGAAUGGGGGUCUUGUUCUGGUUCCUCCUGUGGAUGUGAGCUUGGGUCCUUACUCUGAGACAGUGGGCAGGGCUGGGAAGGGAAGUUCUAAACCCAUGACCAAGAGGGAGGUCAGUCAUGGGCCUGGGCAAGAACUUUCUCAGCCUUGGGCUUUCCUUGUCUGUCAAGUGACCAGGAUUUCUCAAGUGCAUUCCAGCUCUGACGUUUCAGUUUCUUGGUCCUUGUUGGCGCUAUCCUCUUAACCCCCAGAGGCUCGGCUGAUACCAGACUACUAAGGUGACACAGGAUAUUAAGGCCCCCUUGGUCCCUGAGUGCUUCAGGCCUGUGACUUGCCCGGAUGCUCCCAUGUAUCCUUUUCCUCCUCUGCCCUCGGGGCUACUUGGCUAGGGGAGGAGGGUCCAAGCAGCUGGGGUCCUCAGCCCUUGAGCGGCCAUGUCCAACCCCAGUGCCCCUCCUCCAUACGAGGACCGCAACCCUCUCUACCCUGGCCCCCCACCCCCUGGGGGCUAUGGGCAGCCAUCUGUCCUCCCGGGUGGCUACCCUGCCUACCCUGCCUACCCGCAACCUGGCUACGGUCACCCUGCUGGCUACCCACAGCCUAUGCCCCCCAUCCACCCGACGCCCAUGAACUAUGGCCCAGGUGACGGCUAUGGUCGGGAGGAGAGGGCAGUGAGUGACAACUUCGGGCCUGGAGAUUGGGAUGACCAGAAAGUUCGACAUACCUUCAUCCGAAAGGUUUACACCAUCAUCUCCAUCCAGCUGCUUAUCACAGUAGCCAUCAUCGCUGUCUUCACCUUCGUGAAACCAGUCGGCGAUUUCGUGAGGAGAAAUGUGGCUGUCUACUAUGCAUCCUAUGCUGUCUUCCUGGUCACCUACCUGACUCUUGCCUGCUGCCAGGGACCCAGACGCCGUUUCCCAUGGAACAUCAUCUUGCUGACCCUCUUUACUCUUGCCUUGGGCUUCAUGACGGGUACCAUUUCCAGUAUGUAUAAUACCAAAGCCGUCAUCAUUGCAAUGAUCAUCACUGCUGUGGUAUCCAUUUCAGUCACCAUCUUCUGCUUCCAGACCAAGGUGGACUUCACCUCAUGUACAGGCCUCUUCUGUGUCCUGGGAAUUGUGCUGAUGGUGACUGGGAUUAUCACUGCCAUUGUGCUGUCCUUCAAAUAUGUUCCCUGGCUUCACAUGCUGUAUGCCGCUCUGGGGGCCAUUGCUUUCACCCUGUUCCUAGCUUACGACACGCAGCUGGUUCUGGGGAACCGGAAGCACACCAUUAGCCCGGAGGACUACAUCACCGGUGCCCUGCAGAUCUACACUGACAUUGUCUACAUCUUUACCUUUGUGCUGCAGCUGGUUGGGGACCGCAAUUAAGGAGCACCCCGUUUCACCCACCCUGGGCUCUCCCUUCCUAGAGGGCUGGGCCCUGUGACCAGGGUCUGGGCUUCAGACUCUUCUGCCCCUCAAGUGAUGCCCAGUUUCCUUUUUUGUCCUGGGGGUGGUAGCCUCUCUGACUGUGGAUAUUGUAGGUACCUGAUGGGGUUGAAGAGCCAAGAUUGACUCUUGCCCUUGUUGGGCUCGGCAGGGACUGGGUUGAAGAUGUCCUUUCUUCUCUAGCCACUACGUGGCACCAAAUUUUUCUUAGCAGCUGGGGCUGGCAGGGAGGAGGGGGGCAUGGAAAGAGCCUAUUCUGUAGCUAAAAGGGAAUAUGAAAAGGGAAGUGACUUCAAGGUGAUGAGGUUUCCCCUCCAGUCUCCUCCCUCUGCCCCCCAAAGCCAGGAGCUUUGAUCCGGUCAUCUGGACUUAUAGACCAUUGUCCUGUGAGGCUUUUGCAACCCAUGGCGCCUGCCAGCUCAGGUCUAUACAGCUGGGCCUGGUCUCCCUGCUUCAACCCCUUCUUCUUUCAGUAUGUGUGUAUAUAUUGUUUAUCUAGGUGGAGUGUGGGCACGAGGAGGAGAACAAGCAAAGUAAAAUACAGGGGCCAGUCAGAGCAGCUCCUGCCCUGGGCUCCCUCAUAGCUUGUGGUGGCGAUGGAAAGCAGGUCACCAUCCUCCAAAGCUGCUUGGAGCCUCACUGGGUGCUUCUGAGAUCUCUGGUCAGAGGCACCUCUUGUUUCCUGUGCUCAGGCUGCUCAGAGCAGAAAGUGAGGUCAGGAGAUGGGGUGGCUUAUUACAAUUUUAAGUGUGGCCAGGAAGUAACUGGGUGAAGAGAGACUGGGGUGGGGGCAGAGAAAAUGCCUUGGGGCUCCCCACCCCAUCUGAGCGAUAUCCAAGCCUUCCAUGGCUCCCACAAAGACUUCUGUGUUCUUUCCUCCUGCUAACCCUGGGAGGACCUGCGAAGACGACUUCCUGUUUGUUCUUACUUCUGCUGGGCAACUUUAGACUUGAGCCCCAACGCCUCAGCAAGCCACCACUUUCUUAACACUAAGUGCCUCAAGUUGGAAGAGGGGCAGGGGUCGCUCUGUUGGGUGGGGGUGGAAGCCAUAUCAGCCCAAGGGUAUAUUUAUGAUUUCUCUAUUAUGUACUUGGUCCUAAGUAUAUCACACAAAAGGAUACAACCAAAAAUGUAAUAAAGUUUUAUGUUUAGAAGUAAAAA